AAGUACCAUUGCCCUUAUUGUGACAAAGGGUUCAGUCGUCCAUCGUCGCUUCGGAUCCACACCUAUUCGCACACGGGCGAAAAGCCUUUUGUGUGUCCCGAACCUGGAUGUUCGAGAAAAUUCAGUGUGCAGAGCAACAUGCGUCGUCACUUGCGUGUCCAU